GUUCCGGCGGAAGCUGCGGCGGCGGUUCCGGGGCGGGCGGGAAGAUGGCGACCACCAAGCGGGUGCUGUACGUGGGAGGGCUGGCGGAGGAGGUGGACGAGAAGGUCCUGCACGCAGCCUUCAUCCCCUUCGGCGACAUCACCGACAUCCAGAUCCCGCUGGACUACGAGACCGAGAAGCACCGGGGGUUCGCCUUCAUCGAGUUCGAGCUGGCGGAGGACGCAGCAGCAGCUAUUGACAACAUGAACGAAUCUGAGCUCUUUGGCAGGACAAUUCGUGUCAACCUGGCCAAACCAAUGCGCAUUAAAGAAGGAUCCUCCAGGCCUGUCUGGUCAGAUGAUGAGUGGCUGAAGAAGUUUUCAGGGAAGACUUUGGAGGAGAACGCAGAGGAAGCAGGAGCAGAGGCCCCCAAAACAGAGGCACAGGAGGGUGAGCCUCCUGCCAAGAAAACCAGGGUCAACCCUCAGGUUUUCAUGGACAUCAAGAUUGGGAACAAGCCCGCGGGGCGGCUGCAGAUCCUCCUGCGCUCAGAUGUGGUGCCCAUGACCGUGGAGAAUUUCCGUUGCCUCUGCACCCACGAGAAGGGCUUUGGCUUCAAGGGCAGCAGCUUCCACCGCAUCAUCCCCCAGUUCAUGUGCCAGGCUGGCGACUUCACCAACCACAACGGCACUGGAGGCAAAUCCAUCUAUGGGAAGAAGUUUGAUGAUGAAAACUUCAUUCUCAAACACACAGGGCCAGGGCUGUUAUCCAUGGCCAACUCUGGCCCAAACACCAAUGGCUCCCAGUUCUUCAUCACUUGUGAUAAGACAGACUGGCUGGAUGGCAAGCACGUGGUGUUUGGGGAGGUGACCGAGGGCAUGGACGUGGUGCGGCAGAUUGAGGCUCAAGGCACCAAAGAUGGGAAACCCAAGCAGAAGGUGAUCAUCUCUGACUGUGGGGAGUGCCCCUGAGCUCAGCCCUAAGAGUGGGCUGGAUGGGAUGAGGCUGGCCAGGAAGGGGCCAGAGAGAGCUGGCUGGGGUGGCACAGCCCCAUGAGCCCCUGGCAGUGCCCAGCACCUGCAGCUUCUGUCAAAAUCCCCCUGCAAAGCUUGGAGUGAAGAUGCCUGUGGACAGUGCUGUGGGGGUCUGACCCCCCACGAGGACUAAAUUAUAUCUCAGCCUGUGCUGCCCAGGGCAGGGCUGCUUCUGCUGCUGUGUCCUGGAGAGUCUUUUGUGUUUGGUAAAUAUAAAACUUAGUUUUGAAAGUA